GUUGUUACGUCAAUGAGUUGCCCCUAACCUCACUUUUUCCAAAACAACCCCCUUUAUUUUACAUGUUAUAAAAGCGUGAAAUAUGAAUAAAACCGAACUGGAAGGCACCGCGCACUUGUUGGACGAGCUCGACAAAAAAUUAAUGGUCCUCUUGCGCGAUGGUAGGACCCUAAUUGGUUAUUUACGAAGUGUUGACCAGUUUGCAAACUUGGUUUUGCACCACACGAUCGAACGCAUUCAUGUGGGUAAAGAAUAUGGGGAUAUCCCCCGUGGUGUCUUUAUAGUUCGAGGCGAAAACGUAGUCUUACUGGGCGAAAUAGAUGCAGAGAAAGAAGCCGAACUGCCGCUGACUGAAGUCUCAGUGGAUGAAAUACUUGACGCUCAGAGACAAGAACAGGAGUCCAAGCAAGAACAACAGAAAUUAGUGUCAAAGGCGCUGAAGGAGCGGGGGCUGCACUUAAUGGCCGACUUGACGCACGAUGAUAUGUUUUAACUUUUUAGGUAGAAACACAACGCGAAUUAUGUCACUAUUUAUUAAAUUUUUCUCAUUUGUUAUCUUUCUUUAAUAAAUAUAUUUACAAAAUG